ACGUGCUUCCGAGAACUACCGCUAGGAACGCUCGCGAGCCGAAAGUUCUAUGACGUCACGUGUGCUGAGCCAUCCGUCAUCUGGUGGCCGAAUAUGAAACUAAAGGACAGCAAAUUAUUCGAUCGAUGGAAAGGUUACACGGCAACAAAUUACCGCGCGAUUUGAAACGUAUCUUAUCAAUCUGAGGUGUUAUCAAUGAUUAUUAAAUUUACCAAAGUAAUAAGCUGUUCUUCAGAACAUCCAUCAUACCCUGCAUCUAAUCUUCUGCAACACCGUUCACAUUCCUCAUGGCGUUGCGCAAAACCAGGAGAAAUGCUUGCAACUGUUAUUUUUCAAUUGGCAGAAUCAUCUUGUAUCACAGGUUUAGACCUUGGCAAUUAUCGCAGUUGCGUAGUAGUUGUUACUGCUUCUACAGAAUUAGAACCUGACAUAUGGCUUCCCAUUGUGAACCAUCAAUUCUUAACACAUGAUGAAGCUGCAAAUGGCAAAUUUAGAGAUCAAGUACAGAUAUUUACAAAAAAAGACCUAAAUCCAGACACAAUAAAAACAAAGUUUGAUCGUGUAAAGGUAACAUGCAUGCAGUCAGCAAAUUUGAAAGAAUUAUUUGGACUGUCCUUCAUUGAAUUAAAAACAGAAGUUGUACUUGAUCUGGGAUUAGAUAUUUUUGGAAGAUUCAAAUUGAAAAAUCCUGAGGAAAAUAACAUUGAUGACAUUAAAGAAAGGUAUAUGAAAAUGAUUGGCCACAAGAAAACAGAUUAUAAGGCUGAAUUGCUUGCAAAAGUUAAAGAAACAGGUAUGAGUAAUUUUUCUAAGCGACAAGAAGAGGGUAGAGAACCGAUGAAAAGGCCAUUGUUGCAAAAGUUGGAAGCUGGCAAAGCAGAAGAAGUAUUUGGAACUAGGAACAAAGAUUCUGAUAGUUCAACUUUAAUGAAUGAUACUAAACAUAAAAAUGAAAAAGUUACAAAUGAUAAACCAAUAGUAAGAACUCCAUUUGGUGAUGUUGUGACUUCAAUUAAAGAAAAUAAAAAUGAUAUACAGAAAAAUGACAGCCAAAAAAAUGAUACACUUUCAAGAAAACGUACUUUAUCUCCUGAACAAAGUUCCUCAAAACAGAAUAAAAGAAAACAAAAUUGUUCUCAAUGCCAAGAUGAAAACAAACUAUGUAAUACCUGCGGAAAGUUACCAAAACCUAAAACAAUAAUUACACCUAAAAAACCUGUGAAAGAACCAAAAAAAUCAUUUUCAAAGCUUUUUGAAGAUGUAUCAUUUUCACUUAGUGGAUAUGUUAACCCACAGAGAGAUGAAAUUAGGAAAAAAGCUCUUCAAAUGGGUGCAAGAUAUAUUGCUGAUCCUAACACAACUAAUAAAAGAUGCACUCACUUAAUCUGUGCCUUUAAAAAUACACCAAAGUAUCAACAAUUAAAGGGCCACUCUAAAAUUGUCUCGCACACCUUUAUUGAAAAAUGUUUUAGUGAAAAAAUAAGAUUUCCUUGGAGACGAUAUGCCCUAGAUACCAAAGACAGUGCUGAACCAGAAAGUGAAGAAGAGAUUUUAGGUAGUUCAUCUCCACUCAAUGCAUUUGAAGAAGAUACGGAUUCUGACUCUUAUUACUGAGAUCAAUAUUUUUAUAUUUUUUAUGUGUUGAAAAUAAGUGCUGGUACAGAACUCAAUAUAUAUGUACAUAAUAAAUAUAGUUAUUUAAUA